AUGAAAUGUGAGCCCGGUGGCCAAGGACGCCAGAGCGCGGUGGGGAGAGACAAAAAGACCUCGGCCCCCAGCGCAGUCCAGCCCAGCCCGGGCCAGCGCGCGCCCCGGGUCCGCGGAGCCCCCACGGCCGGCCCGGGGUCCCUCCGAAGGCGCCCGGGGCAAUGGCCCUGUCUCCGCUUUCCGCCCCUCUUGGGAGCGCUGCUCUCUCCAUCUGACCGCCCUUUACCCCCUCCACUCCCUCCCGGUUCCGGGCUCUCUCUCCGUCCGUGCUCGCAACUCCGGCCACCGGCUUGAAUGGACGCACCGAGGCUGCCCGGGCGUCCACGCAUCUUGCUUUCGAAGUUGAUCCUGCUCUUUGUCUACGCAGAUGAUUGCCUUGCUCAGUGUGGCAAAGACUGCAGAUCUUACUGCUGUCACGGGACGACUCCCUACUGUUGCUCCUACUACGCCUACAUAGGGAACAUCCUCUCGGGCACCGCCAUCGCAGGCAUUGUGUUUGGCAUCGUGUUUAUCAUGGGCGUCAUUGCUGGAAUCGCCAUCUGCAUUUGUAUGUGCAUGAAGAACAACCGCGGGACCCGCGUGGGCGUCAUCAGGACCACCCGCAUCAACGCCAUCCCCUCCUUUCCAGUAGCGCCACCACCCUAUAGCUGUGAUCAUGAGCUGGAAUACUCCGCAGACUUGCCUCCACCCUACUCUCCAACACCACAGGCUUCAGCACAGCGCUCACCGCCUCCUCCUUAUCCUGGAAAUUCAAGGAAAUAAUCCAACUCCCAGAGCAGAAUACAUGGCCAUUGGUGGUCUUGCCCAGAACAGAAAUGCCUCUACUUAGAAACAGGUGGGAGAGGAUUGCUCUACGGAAUUCUUUUUUGGGGUCAGACAGUAUUUCAGGUGGA